UCUGCUUAAGUACCGGGCGGGAUUUCCGCAAUACAUUAAGUAUGGCGAAGACCUACGAUUAUUUGUUUAAACUGCUGUUAAUCGGGGAUUCCGGCGUCGGGAAGACCUGUGUGCUGUUCAGAUUCUCGGAGGAUGCCUUUAACUCGACGUUUAUUUCGACGAUAGGCAUCGAUUUCAAGAUCAGGACAAUUGAACUAGAUGGCAAGAAGAUAAAGUUACAGAUAUGGGACACAGCAGGCCAGGAGCGAUUCCGAACGAUCACAACGGCAUAUUACAGAGGUGCAAUGGGUAUCAUGCUGGUUUAUGAUAUUACUAAUGAGAAAUCAUUUGACAACAUCAAAAACUGGAUCCGAAACAUAGAGGAGCAUGCAUCGGCGGAUGUAGAAAAAAUGAUUUUGGGAAACAAAUGUGACAUUAAUGAGAAGAGGCAGGUGUCUAAAGACAGAGGCGAGAAGCUGGCGUUGGAGUACGGCAUCAAGUUCAUGGAGACGAGUGCGAAGGCUAAUAUCAAUGUUGAGAACUCAUUCUUAACGCUCGCCAGAGACAUAAAAUCAAAGAUGGACACGAAAUUGGAGGGGAACAAUCCUCAGAGCAGCAACCAUGGAGUGAAAAUUACCACUGAACAGCAGAAAAAGAGCAGCUUCUUUCGCUGUGUGCUACUGUAAAGACCAAGGCCUUACUGUCCGCCGCCCGUGGGCUGGACAUGACUGGACUAUGCUCUCCCUCUUAGCACUCCUCCUCCUUCCUCUUUUAUCCCAUCUCUCCCUCUCUGUCGCGCUCUUCUUCCAACCCUAGGGCAGUCGGAGUUCCUGGCUCCUCUUAUCUUCUUCCAUUGACAGAUUAGCGAUGCCGCUUCCUCUCGCUCAUGACCCUUCCCCGACGAAACCGUGGUGGGAAAGCAUUGGUUCUACAAGUCAAGGUGAAGAACUGGGUGCUGAUGCAUCGUCGCAAUCGUUCCAGCUGCAAACGUGCACCUAAAGAAGAUCCCACAUCUUUGUUUCAAUCGCUCGUUUUGAGCGCACAACUGCCAAAAUUGAUCCAUUCCUUCGUGGCGACCUGGAAGCAGUCGUGAUUGUGGGUCAGGCCGCAGAUCUGAUAUUGAGCCAGUUCGAGAGUUACGUGGGACUUUCUUUAUCAUUCAGUUUUAUUUUCGGCCCUCAUGCAUUCUUCGACAAUCACAUGACCUUAUUGUAAGUAGAGGAAUAUUAUAACCCACCUCUUAGAUGCUUUUUCCUUUCUUUCAUUUAAAAAAAAAAAAAUUUUUUUGCUGUUUUUGUCCCCGGUUUUAUUUUUCAGACCUGUUACGCAAAAGUGUUGCGUUCGCAAACGUCAAGGUUUCAUAAUAAACUAAUGAAGAUCCUGCUUUUUAUUCAUCAAGACAUGUUUGCUGCCUCGUUAAAACAAACCUCCCUUUUU